AUGUCAGGUGACGAUUCUGCUUCUUCUACCCACAGCCAAGGACUCCAAGCAGAACCGGUUCAGACCUUACUUCCAUCCGAUCCUACCACCGCAAAGAAGGCUGGCACCAGGUGUGAGGAGCCGCUUUCAGAGGCGGCCAGACGAGUCAUCCGAACUCAAAAGACUGGAAGCGGCAACUUGUUCCGACACCUGCACAAAUUGAGUCAACGAAAUAUGCGACUCUUCCAGCCGGCUCGACAAUUAGCAACCAAGAGCAAGGGAAAGAUGGCUGAUAAGCCGCCUGCAAACCCGGGAAAGCUCCCCACGCUGCAAGAAAUGUACAACUCAUGGCGUGCCUUGGAGGAACAAGUGGACGGAAUACACAGACUCCCCAUGUUCAUCAGGGCAGAGCGAAGGGCCUGCCACAGAUGUAGAGUAUUGAGGAAAAAGUGUCCCUUUCCCGACGAGUAUGGGGCUUCUCCCAAGCCCACAUCAUAUAAUGGAGAAACCUCCUCCCACGACGCAGUCUCAUCGCCCACCGUAGGACAAACUACCCUAGACGAGUGCGGAAAGGGUGCGGCACUGUACACCCAACGGUGGACUCCAACCGAGCACAUUUUCCAGAGCUCGCGCGGCCGCGAGAUUGACGAGCAUGGUCGCCCCAUCGAUGAUAUUUUGCAGAGUACCCAAGGCAUCGACCUGACAGCCCACGAUAGCUUCAGCACGCCGCUAGUUGCGGGGAUUGACGGAGACGCAGCCAUCAGCGGUGCUGCCUCACAACAAGCGGAAGUGCCGAAGCUCAUGAAGGUUGAGAUUCGCACCGUUCUCAUUGCACAGGAACGAAUCAGAAACAAUGUCCGUAGGUGGCGGUGCCAGUUCGGCAGCAGCGGCAUGCCCGGCGGCCACGUCUGUAUGCGUGAGGACAACAACCUCAACACCAUCCGCCGCCACUACGGACGCGAGCAUGGCAAGCACCGCUACUACAUGAAACCGAAGAUGCGGCUUCGUUGCAGCCACUGCGGGCACACGAUCGAGAGCAGAGUGCCAGACCAUUGCCCUGGCUGCAAUGGGACACGAGAUGCAUGGGUACAGGAGGUAUAUGCUCUCAUUGAAGUACCGGUACCUCUGGACACAAGCAGCCCGGCAGAUGACGGCGCCAAUGCUCUCGGAUACCAACAGACCGGAGGUUUGGCAUCAAAUCCAGUCGCUUCCACAGCGUCUUCCCUGCGAUCUACCAUCGCGGCGACGGCAGCGCCAUGGACGGUGUGCAAUUCGUUGGCUUCUCCCCUGCAGCUGACCUCUGCCGCCCGUGAAACCUCCACAGUCAUGGCUCUUUCGGGUGGCCUGUCCAGCACUCCCUCAACUCUUGGGCUUCCAUUAACGCCCUUGACUCCUCUGACACCACUUACGCCCAACUCGCCAGCUUCUGCUUCUGGUGAUGUAUUCUUGGGCGACGCAACAGCACUGUUCCCCUACGGUCCUCUGGACAUUGUGGAAUGGCAGAAGGACCCUCUGUUCGUUGACGGACUGUCUCAGGAACAGCUGUUUUAUGGCGACGGAAACCUGAGCACCGCCAUUGGCUGUGGCAUCGAUAUCGGUCUGGACUUCGACCUGGAUGGCGCCUCGGCAUCCCAGACAUAUCCUUCAUAUACGACGAAUGGAACCGAGGACAUGGUAUGGGCGACGCAGAGUAGCGAAAUCUACGGAAGCCAAGAGGAACAGCCGCAGAGAGAACAUUGGGUGCCAAUGAUGGAAGACACGAUCAAAUAA